AUGGCGAAUGCGAGAACCCAGUCUCUCAGCACUCCUCGAAGGAUUAAAUGUCAAAAGAAAAGUUACAAAGUAAACUCCGUCACUAUUAGGUUGACUAAUCACAUCCUUAAGCCACUUUAUAAAGUGCCCCAUGCUAAUCUGUACAUGCUUGUAAACCCAAUACGUCUCAAUCUUGACUACCUGACACUUUUGUGGGUGAAUUUCUUCAUGCUGAACCUUUCUCAGUCAGUGACACCUGAGAUGUUAGAUGACACACCAAAACAACACAUUGACAUCAAGAUUGAAGCUCUUAUGCCAAGGGUGAUUGUGUCAGCAGAAAGGAAGGUGGAAAACCAGCCUGAUCGGCCAGAGGGAGUCCAACUGCAAGUGUCCAAACUCUGUGUCACUAAUACCCACGUGGAGGAACAGACAGGGCGGGCAGACUUGGCAGAGGUGUUACGCCACUAUACAGAAGGGCAUCUGUUUACUUCCUCACAAUACCCAAACAACAAUAACCCUCUUACAAGCCUUCCCCCUCACUUCAGUACCUUUGCUAGUGGACGAGACAAUGCUUAUAUGCAACGCUAUGCCAAAGAGUUAGUAGCUGGUCAAUUACCACAGGGCAUGGAAUCACAGGUAGGGCCAGAGGUUAUUGCCAAACUCCUGAAAACCAACACACUGAAGCGUAAUGCUAGCUUUGAUGUGUGGAGUGUGUGUGCAGAUCAGGCUUGGCUGGAGUUCGUGGGAGUGCCAGUCUCUAAGUCUCGUCCGAUACCUUUCGUUGAAUCUGUACCAGUGACUCUCUGGUUCUGUAUGCCGUUAGUGAUGGAUGAAGCAGAAACAAAACUUAAGCAAAAUAAUCAACUUGAUGUUUUGGGAAUCAGUGGAAAUAGCAGAAGAGGGAGUAGCAAUGCCGACUCCAAUUCCCUGACCUUUGACACGGACCAAGGUAGCCCCGCAUCACCACACAGAGAUAGACCCUCACGAAGGCUACUCAAAGAAUAUUAUUCAACAGACAGUGAGUCCUAUGACACCAGUCCCGAGGAAUUACCUUCCUCAUGUGAUAAAACAAUGAAAUCUUCAAAAAGUGAAGAUAAAGGCCAGAGUUUACAGCUGGCCACUUACAACCUUGUGGCAAAGGUUGGUGGUCCAGUGAAGGCCCAAAUGAGUCAUUCCCAGUUUCUUUUUCUUAUGAGACUUUUAGAAUCUUUUACAGACUUCCAAACUCAACUGACAGCAGAUAUAGAAUAUUUUCUGGGGACAUCUACUGUACCCACCACGUUUUCUGUGCCACUUGUAGUUCCAGACAUUGAGUUUGUUAUGGUGUGCCCCUAUGUGGCUGAGUUGCUUCCCUUUACACACAACAUACCAACUAGUCCUUCAGGGGCUAGUCUACGGGAUGGAGAUCUGAUCGAGGAGGAAGGUUUAAAAGAAGAAAUUUCUCCACAAAUUGACAUUGACAUUGGCCAUGUAACAGAAGAUGAGGAUAGCAGAAUCAACGAUAAUAAUGUGGAUUCCGGGUCACAGUGUUCCUCCCACACAGCCAUCUCGAAGUCCCUCAGUGAUUCCAGGAUCCAGUGCCACGCGGGAGGGUCAGGAGAGGAAGAUCUCUCAAACCCUGGAAUGUUUGUAUCCGCGCCCAUAUCUCACUCCAGUCAAGGGCUCGCCAACCCACACCACGAUUCUUCAUCUGGCUAUGACUCCAGUCUUGGAUCUCGUGGGUCAGGCUCGCAGCAAAUGAAGAAAUCCGCAAACAAGGCAGCCGAUCAAGUAAAGAAGUCAUUUUCGUCUGCACUGUCUGGUAUUACAGGUCUCACUGACAAAAUUAAGGCAAAAAUGGACUCCAACGAAGAAAUGGAGGAUAUUGAUUCCAUGAGUAUUAAAACUGACUUGUCUGAUGAUGACUUGGACUUUGAAAUGUUAAAUUUAGAGGAAGCUGAGAUGCCUGCGUUUCAUCACCCCAAUAUAGGAGUAUCAGAGACAGGCUCAUCCACUGAUACAGAUCUACUGGACGAUGUGUCCAGUCUUUAUGCUGAGAGUUCAGCCGCAACCAAAGGCAGAGAAUUGGUUUCAGUGAUCGCAUUUCGUAUCCAUGGUUCUGAGAUACUGAUGCAAAAUGAUGGCAGCGAUACGGCCAUUCGUAUCCAGGCACGUCACCUCAGCACCAACCAACCUGGUAACAUGUAUUACGAGGACUUCUACAACAAAUUUACCUCACCACAAGGUAUCUUUGGCCACAAUGAUACUGCUCCAGAAGAUCUGAAAUCCUUUGCUAUCAAACUGAAGAUUGUGUCUGGACCUGGAGCUGAUGCCGAGUUGCCAAUUUCAUCAAAGACAGAUUCACCGGGUUACUUGAGUGUCAUGGCGGAGAAGUGUGGACUUGCCUUCAACACCUCGAGUCUAGCCAAUAUUGCUAAGUUUGUUGAGGAUGAGUCCACUGGGCAGGCCCUGCCAAUGCAUGUGACAGUCAGUGACUUCCAUUUGUCAUUGAAGGACGAUGCUCCUAAGCCCAACGUACCACCAGCUCCCCCUGUAGAAUGUAUGGUCCAUAAACUGGCCAUAUCUCGUGGCUACGAUGGCAUUUUCCAUUUAACAGCUGAGUCAGUCUUGUCAGAUAGCUCCAAAUUACCAGGACAAGAGAAGGUGGAGGAGAAGAAAGAAGAAAUGUCGGAAGAGGAGAAACAAGAACCGCUUUCACAUGAGGCCCUUCUCCUGGAGAAUCAACAACUUAAGAAAUCAUUAGAGGAAAUGUCAAGUCUUUUACAAAGUCAAAAACAAUUAAAUAGAAAAAUCCAACACGAUAUGGAAUGUAUACAAAAAGAAAAAGAAAACUUACAAAGUAAACUUAACAAGACCAUGUUACCAAACAACGGAACAAACGACAGCGAGAUUCACGCCAACACAGUGAUAACAGAGAACCUGAAACUCCAGCAUAAGAUGGUUUGUCAGGAGGAUGAGAUCCAUACUCUAACCAAGGAGAAGAACUCUUUACUGGACACAUUGAAACUUCUACAAGAUGAACUGUUGGAGUCGGAAUCACGACGACGACGAAUUGAUCAUCAUAGUUAG